AGUGUCAGUGACAUAUCAUAGGCAGGCAGCUGGGGAGGGAGAAGAGCCGAGGAGACUCCGCCAGUAUUCUGUCUCCUCUGGCCCCCGAAGAUAGCUCACAGCAAAAACAAACACAGCUUUCUUCAGUUUCUGCGCCGACACAGUCGUAAUCUUUGAGGUUUGAGUUUUCUCUGGCCUCUGCAUGUUCAUAACUAAUCCCUCUGCAACUUUGAUGGCACUUUCUUUUCCUUCAUAGUUUCUGUCUCCACAGCACCAGAGAACAGUAACCCUUCACCUCAAUUUAAAAAUGGCGGCUUCUUCCACCUUCAACUCAUCCCUCCGCUCUCUCUCUACUGAUCUCAGCGAUUACGGUUUGAAGCGUAUCCAAUUCCCAAGAGGGAGCCUUGGGUUUAACAGACUGUUGCCUAAGAACGUAAAGGGGCUUGUAGGUCGUGAGAAAUUUGAGCUAAAUUGCUCGAGAGAGCGGGAUAUGGAUGUGAGCACAUCGGCUUUGGUGGAUGGCGUUGCUGAGUGCUUGAAUGAUAUUGAACUGAAGGAGCCGAGCGUCUCGACUAUGUUAUUGAACUUCGGGAAUUCAUUUGAUCCCUAUGAUGCUCUCAGUACUCCUCUUUACCAGACGGCUACAUUUAAGCAGCCGUCAGCAACUGAGAAUGGCCCCUAUGACUAUACUAGAAGUGGCAAUCCCACACGUGAUGUGCUAGAAAGUCUCCUUGCCAAGCUUGAUAAAGCCGACCGUGCAUUCUGCUUUACUAGUGGAAUGGCAGCGUUAUCUGCUGUCACACAUUUAAUUGCAACUGGUGAGGAAAUUGUUGCUGGGGAUGACAUAUAUGGUGGUUCUGAUCGGUUGUUGUCUCAAGUAAUUCCGAAGAAAGGAAUUGCGAUUAAACGAGUAAAUACAAGUGAUCUAAGUGAGGUUGAAGCUGCAAUUGGGUCAUGGACCAAGCUUGUGUGGUUGGAAAGUCCAACUAAUCCUCGCCAGCAAAUUUCUGAUAUACGUAAGAUAGCAGAGAUAGCUCAUGCACAUGGUGCUCUUUUGAUGGUGGAUAACAGUAUUAUGUCCCCUGUACUUUCACGGCCAUUAGAAUUAGGAGCAGACAUUGUGAUGCACUCAGCUACAAAAUUUAUAGCUGGACAUAGUGAUGUCAUGGCUGGUGUCCUUGCUGUAAAGGGUGAAAGCUUGGCCAAAGAAAUAGCUUUCCUACAAAACGCAGAAGGGUCUGGGUUAGCUCCUUUUGAUUGCUGGAUUUGCUUGCGUGGUAUUAAGACCAUGGCUUUGCGUAUUGAGAAGCAGCAGGAGAAUGCACAAAAGAUAGCUGAGUUCCUCUCAUAUCAUCCUAGGGUGAAGAAAGUUUACUAUGCUGGUCUUCCUGAUCAUCCCGGACGCUCCUUACAUUAUUCUCAGGCAAAGGGUGCAGGUUCUGUGCUUAGUUUUUUGACAGGGUCAUUGACACUCUCCAAACACAUUGUGGAAACUACCAAGUAUUUUAGCAUUACUGUCAGUUUUGGGAGUGUGAAGUCACUCAUUAGCAUGCCUUGCUUUAUGUCUCAUGCAAGCAUACCUCCUGCAGUCCGUGAAGCUAGGGGUUUAACUGAAGACCUUGUUCGCAUUUCUGUUGGCAUUGAAGAUGUUGAUGAUCUAAUUGCUGAUUUGGACCAUGCAAUUAGAACGGGACCUGUGUAGGAUAGUUGCUGAUUUAAUAUUGAUUAAUCUGUGUUAGAUACUAUUGGCCAAUAACUGAUGCAGUCAUCAUCUCAUUCUCUUGCAAGUAUAUUGAUUCAGAGAGAUAAGAAGAAACAUAACCGUUUUUCUGUGUUCUUUCUUUUUCCUCUUUUUGGCCCUUUUCUUCCUAGUGGUUCCUAGAUGGAAGUAGGGCUGUAAUUGGACCGGAUUCAGAUUGGAUCUAGCUAUAGUGCUACAUCCCCAUCCGAUCCUAUUAUCUUUGGAUCCCGAUCCGUUUCGAUUUA